AUGAAGGAUCUCGGAGAACUAAAGUUCUUUCUAGGUAUUGAAUUUGCAAGGUCUAACAAGGGGAUCCUAAUGAGUCAGAGGAAAUAUGUUCUAGAGCUGAUUUCUGAAAUAGGUCUUAGUGGAGCAAAGCCAGUUAAUACACCUAUGGAGAUCAACCAGAAUCUGACUACUGUAGAAUAUGAUCUAUCCUUCAACAGAGGAAAUGCUAUUGCUGAUGAAGUACUAAGAGAUCCUGGUGUCUAUCAAAGACUAGUUGGGAAAUUACUAUACCUAACUAUGACCAGACCUGACAUCUCAUUUGUAGUACAGGUCUUAAGUCAAUUUAUGCAUUGUCCUGGAAUUUCCCAUAUGGAGGCUGCAUCAAGAGUAGUGUGGUAUAUAAAGCAAGCACCUGGUCUUGGACUGUUUAUGCCUGCAGAAGACACAAAGAAUCUGACUGCCUACUGUGAUUCUGAUUGGGGAGCUUGUGUGGAAACAAGAAGAUCAUUAACUGGCUAUCUGGUAAAGUUUGGAAAUGCUCUAGUAUUUUGGAAGUCCAAGAAGCAAAGCCCUGUCUCCAGAAGCUCAGCUGAAGCAGAGUUCAGGAGUAUGGCCUCUUGUGCAGCAGAUGUUACUUGGUUGAUAGGGUUAUAUGCAGAACUAGGAAUCAAAGUCUGUUUCCCUAUGAAGUUAGUAUAUGACAGCAAGGCAGCAAUCGAUUGCUGCAAAUCCAAUCUUUCAUGA